UCAAGCUUUCAAGAUGGAUAUGGACUUAAACAACGACUUGGAGAAGCGUAUUUCGGAUGCAUUCUGUGUCUUUGAUCAUCAUGGCGACAAGUUUAUAGAUGUUCGUGAAGUGGGAACUGUCCUGAGACUACUGGGCUGUGUUCCCACCGAACAGGAGGUUAAUGAAGUGAUCUCUGCCACGGAAUCGGAGGAAACUAGUGGCGAAGUCCACCUGACCAAGUUCCUGCCACAUGUCUCUCAGUUGCUUAUGGAAAGAAAAAUGGAGCCUGCCCCUCCGGAGAAAAUUCUUCAGGCCUUCAAGAUUCUUGAUCCCGAAAAUAAAGGCUACUUGACCAAGGAAAGCUUUGGAAAACUUAUGAUGGAGGAGGGAGAGCCUUUCACCCAAGAGGAAAUGGAUGAAAUGUGGCCAGUGGCUAUAGAUCCCAUUAGUGGCCACAUUCCCUAUGAGUUCUACUUGAAUCAAUUAAUGGUGUAUCUGUAAAGGAAAAACAAAUACCAGGUGCCGCCUGGCCUUUGGAGUGAAAGUAUGUUCCAAUAAAGUCUCAAAAAUACAC